AUGGCCGGCCUCCGCUUCGCCGUCCUCUUCACAGCCUCUUCCUUCGGCGUCCUCCUCCUCGCCGCCUCCGCGUCGGCGUCGUCGUCACGGCCACCAGCAGUGUACGGCGCCGGCGACGAGUGGCGGGCCGCACCGGCGAGCAACGACGGCACCCACCUGACGCUCAUCAUGUGGGCCAUGAGGACCGCUUCUACGUCGGCGACGUCCUGGGGCGACUACGAACGGUGCAGCGCGGCGAGCCCGGCGCGCCGGUUCGCGGACGGCGGCGGUGACACCCGGCUCACGCUCGCCCACCCGGGGCUCUUCUACUUCAUCAGCGGCGCGCCGGCGCGCUGCGAUGCGGGGCAGCGGAUGGUCCUGCGCGUCGUGGACGCGCGCUCGUCUCUCGGCGGGGGCGGCGCCCCGACCCCUGCUCCAGCGCCGACGCCGGGGCUGGUGGUGAUGGAGCCCUCCGACUCCGACACGCCGUCCGACGACCGCCCGAUACCUGUCUGGUUCAAGCUGCUCCCGCCGGCGCUGCUAGGGUUUCUUGCCGGGUGUUUCUUCGCAGGGGUAAUCAUGUGA